AUGUUAAUUCUCAAAUAUCUUUCUCUAUUUGUUAAUAUCUAUCUAUCUAUCUAUCUAUCUAUGCCUGUCUUUCUAUCCAUUUACUAUCUGUGUUUAUUAAUUCAUUUCUAUCUAUCUAUCUAUCUAUCUAUCUAUCUAUCUAUCUAUCUAUGCCAGUGUUUUCCUAUUUAUUUAUCUGCAUAUCUAGGAAUCACUGCAUAUUUUUAUAACUAUCACAGUAUAUCCUAUCUAUCUAUCUAUCUAUCUAUCUAUCUAUCUAUCUAUCUAUCUAUCUAUGUUUCUUUCUCAUCGAUCUUUCUUAUUCAAUCUUUCUCGCCCGAUCUUUCUCAUCCGAUCUUUCUUAUUCAAUCUUUUCGCCCGAUCUUUCUCAUCCGAUCUUUCUUAUUCAAUCUUUCUCCUGAUCUUUCUCAUCCGAUCUUUCUUAUUCAAUCUUUCUCACCCGAUCUUUCUCAUCCGAUCUUUCUUAUUCAAUCUUUCUCGCCCGAUCUUUCUUAUUCAAUCUUUAUUCAAUCUUUCUCGCCUGAUCUUUUUCAUCUGAUCUUUUUCUUAUUCAAUCUUUUCUCACCCGAUCUUUCUCAUCCGAUCUUUCUUAUUCAAUCUUUCUCGCCUGAUCUUUCUCAUUCCGAUCUUUCUUAUUCAAUCUUUCUCACCCGAUCUUUCUCAUCUGAUCUUUUCUUAUUCAAUCUUUCUCGCCCGAUCUUUCUCAUCCGAUCUUUCUUAUUCAAUCUUUUCGCCCUGAUCUUUUUCUCAUCCGAUCUUUCUUAUUCAAUUUUCUCACCGAUCUUUCUCAUCCGAUCUUUCUUAUUCAAUCUUUCUCGCCCGAUCUUUCUCAUCCGAUCUUUCUUAUUCAAUCUUUCUCGCCCGAUCUUUCUGAUCUUUUCUUAUUUCUUAAUCACCCGAUCUUUCUCAUCCGAUCUUUCUUAUUCAAUCUUUCUCGCCCGAUCUUUCUCAUCCGAUCUUCUUAUUCAAUCUUUCUCCCGAUCUUUCUCAUCCAAUCUUUCUUAUUCAAUCUUUCUCGCCCGAUCUUUCUCAUUCGAUCUUUCUUAUUCAAUCUUUCUCACCCGAUCUUUCUCAUUCGAUCUUUCUUAUUCAAUCUUUCUCACCCGAUCUUUCUCAUCCAAUCUUUCUUAUUCAAUCUUUCUCGCCCGAUCUUUCUCAUCCAAUCUUUCUUAUUCAAUCUUUCUCACCCGAUCUUUCUCAUUCGAUCUUUCUUAUUCAAUCUUUCUCACCCGAUCUUUCUCAUCCAAUCUUUCUUAUUCAAUCUUUCUCACCCGAUCUUUCUCAUUCGAUCUUUCUUAUUCAAUCUUUCUCGCCCGAUCUUUCUCAUCCAAUCUUUCUUAUUCAAUCUUUCUCGCCCGAUCUUUCUCAUCCGAUCUUUCUUAUUCAAUCUUUCUCGCCCGAUCUUUCUCAUCCGAUCUUUCUUAUUCAAUCUUUCUCGCCCGAUCUUUCACAUCCGAUCUUUGUAUUCAAACUUUCUCGCCCGAUCUUUCUCAUCCGAUCUUUCUUAUUCAAUCUUUCUCACCCGAUCUUUCUCAUCCGAUCUUUCUUAUUCAAUCUUUCUCGCCCGAUCUUUCUCAUCCGAUCUUUCUUAUUCAAUCUUUCUGUGAUCUUUCUCAUUCGAUCUUUCUUAUUCAAUCUUUCUCGCCCGAUCUUUCUCAUCCGAUCUUUCUUAUUCAAUCUUUCUCGCCCGAUCUUUCUCAUCCGAUCUUUCUAUUUCGAUCUUUCUCAUCCGAUCUUUCUUAUUCAAUCUUUUCACCCGAUCUUUCUCAUCCGAUCUUUCUUAUUCAAUCUUUCUCCUUGAUCUUUCUCAUCCGAUCUUUCUUAUUCAAUCUUUCUCGCCUGAUCUUUCUCAUCCAAUCUUUCUUAUUUUUUUCACCCGAACUUUCUCAUCCGAUCUUUCUUAUUCAAUCUUUCUCGCCUGAUCUUUCUCAUUCGAUCUUUCUUAUUCAAUCUUUCUCCCGAUCUUUCUCAUUCGAUCUUUCUUAUUCAAUCUUUCUUAUUCGAUCUUUCUCAUCCGAUCUCAUCUUAUUCAAUCAAUUUUUCUCACCGAUCUUUCUCAUCCGAUCUUUCUUAUUCAAUCUUUCUCCCCGAUCUUUCUCAUCCAAUCUUUCUUAUUCAAUCUUUUCGCCCGAUCUUUCUCAUCUGAUCUUUCUUAUUCAAUCUUUCUCACCUGAUCUUUCUCAUCCGAUCUUUCUUAUUCCGAUCUUUCUCAUCUGA